UAAAGGACAGGGACAAAAUAGAAAAAAAAAAAAGAAAAAAAGUGCACGUGUCUGAAGCAAUGCUUUUGACUUUCUCUAUCUCAAUAUCUUUCCCCCUGGUCGAGUAUUUUCCAAAAUUCAACAAAUUGUCGAUUUGAGCGAUGAGUGCCUCCUCACCGACUGCCCAUCCCCCACCCACCUUCUUCCGGUGAACGUUUUUUCUCUGCUUUUUCCAUCCCAUUUCUCCAAAUCGUCCCUCCCAUUUCCCCUCCUUUACGACGAUGCAAUCUACUCCAACCCUUUGGACAUAUCACGCCACUUGAUUUUACAUUCAAUCUCUUUCUUUUCUUUUCUGGGCUGGUUUGGUGUUCCUUUCUGAGAUGAUGGGUGAUUCUGUCUUCUGGGUUCUAACGGUUCUUAUUGUUCUGCAAGUCCAGGUGGUGUGUUCUCAGAACCAGACUUGCAGUUCCAACGAUUUGGCUGUUUUGUUAGAGUUCUUGAAAGGUUUGGAGUCCGGAAUUGAAGGCUGGAGCGAGAACUCGUCGUCCGCUUGCUGCGGCUGGACUGGUGUAUCUUGCAAUUCUUCUGCGUUCCUGGGGUUGAGUGAUGAGGAGAACUCCAACAGAGUGGUGGGUUUGGAGCUGGGGGGCAUGAGACUGAGUGGGAAAGUGCCGGAAAGUUUGGGGAAGUUGGAUCAGCUUCGAACCCUCAAUCUCUCCAGCAAUUUCUUCAAAGGCUCAAUCCCUGCGUCCCUGUUUCAUUUCCCUAAGUUGGAGUCUCUCCUCCUGAAGGCCAACUACUUCACCGGCUCCAUUGCCGUCUCCAUUAAUCUUCCUUCCAUCAAGUCUCUAGACAUCUCUCAGAACUCUCUGUCAGGUUCCCUCCCUGGUGGAAUCUGCCAGAAUUCGACUCGUAUUCAGGAAAUCAAUUUCGGGCUCAACCAUUUCUCAGGUUCAAUUCCUGUAGGUUUCGGGAAUUGUAGUUGGCUGGAGCAUUUGUGCCUGGCUUCCAAUCUCCUCACCGGCGCCCUGCCGGAGGAUCUGUUCGAGCUGCGAAGACUGGGCCGGUUGGACCUAGAAGAUAACAGCCUGUCUGGGGUGCUGGACAGUAGAAUUGGUAAUCUUUCUAGCCUUGUUGAUUUUGAUAUAUCGUUGAAUGGAUUGGGGGGAGUUGUUCCGGAUGUAUUUCAUAGCUUUGAAAAUUUGCAGUCUUUCUCGGCCCAUUCCAAUAAUUUCACGGGCCAGAUACCAUAUUCUUUGGCGAAUUCCCCCACCAUUAGUUUGCUUAAUUUGAGGAACAAUUCUUUGAGUGGUAGUAUCAAUAUCAACUGUUCUGUGAUGGGUAAUUUGAGCUCUCUCUCCUUGGCUUCUAAUCAGUUCACCGGCUCCAUUCCUAAUAACCUUCCCUCUUGUAGGAGGUUGAAAACUGUCAACCUCGCUCGGAACAAUUUCAGUGGCCAAAUCCCGGAAACUUUCAAGAAUUUCCAUAGUUUGUCAUAUCUUUCCUUGUCCAAUUCCAGCCUCUAUAAUCUGUCAUCGGCCCUGGGAAUUCUGCAGCAAUGCAGAAACCUGUCUACUUUGGUUCUCACCUUGAAUUUCCAUGGCGAGGAGUUGCCUGGUGAUUCUUCCCUGCAGUUUGAGAUGCUCAAGGUUCUGGUUAUUGCAAAUUGUCAUCUGUCAGGUUCCAUUCCCCAUUGGCUGAGGAAUAGCACCGGGUUGCAGUUGUUGGAUUUGUCAUGGAACCAUUUGAAUGGAACAAUUCCCGAGUGGUUUGGGGAUUUUGUGUUUCUGUUUUACUUGGACUUGUCAAACAACAGUUUUACAGGUGAGAUCCCCAAGAACAUCACUGGGUUACAGGGCCUCAUCUCCAGGGAAAUCUCAAUGGAAGAGCCUUCAUCAGAUUUUCCCCUUUUUAUAAAGAGAAAUGUGAGUGGGAGAGGACUGCAGUAUAAUCAAGUUGGGAGCCUUCCUCCAACUCUGGACCUGAGUAAUAACCAUCUCACUGGGACAAUCUGGCCGGAGUUUGGGAAUCUGAAAAAGCUCAAUGUUUUUGAAUUGAAAUGUAACAAUUUUUCAGGAACCAUUCCCAGUAGUUUAUCAGGGAUGACAAGCGUGGAGACUAUGGAUUUGUCCCAUAACAAUCUUUCGGGCACAAUACCUGACUCACUGGUAGAGCUCAGCUUCCUGUCAAAGUUCAGUGUUGCAUACAAUCAACUCACUGGGAAAAUCCCUUCAGGAGGCCAGUUUCAGACUUUCUCGAAUUCAAGCUUUGAGGGAAAUGCUGGUCUUUGUGGUGACCAUGCUUCCCCUUGUCCAUCUGAUGAUGCUGAUGAUCAAGUUCCUCUUGGAUCCCCCCACGGCUCUAAGAGAAGCAAAGGUGUUAUCAUUGGAAUGUCUGUCGGAAUUGGAUUUGGGACAACUUUUCUUCUAGCUCUUAUGUGCUUGAUUGUUUUGCGGACAACUCGCAGAGGAGAGGUUGAUCCUGAAAAAGAGGAGGCUGAUGCCAAUGAUAAAGAGUUGGAACAACUCGGAUCGAGGUUAGUGGUACUUUUCCAAAACAAGGAGAACAAUAAAGAGCUCUGCAUUGAUGACCUUUUAAAAUCUACCAACAAUUUUGAUCAAGCAAACAUCAUUGGGUGUGGGGGAUUCGGUCUGGUCUACAGAGCCACUCUUCCUGAUGGUAGGAAGGUUGCAAUCAAAAGGUUAUCUGGUGAUUGUGGUCAGAUGGAGAGAGAAUUUCAAGCUGAAGUUGAAGCCCUCUCAAGAGCUCAACAUCCGAAUCUUGUCCUCCUUCAAGGGUAUUGUAAAUACAAGAAUGACAGGCUUCUAAUUUAUUCAUACAUGGAGAACAGCAGCUUGGAUUACUGGCUACAUGAGAAACUGGAUGGACCAUCCUCAUUAGAUUGGGAUACAAGGCUUCAAAUUGCUCAAGGGGCUGCAAUGGGACUUGCAUACUUGCAUCAGUCAUGUGAGCCCCAUAUCCUUCACCGAGAUAUUAAGUCCAGUAACAUCCUUUUAGAUGAGAAGUUUGAAGCCCACUUGGCUGAUUUUGGUCUUGCAAGGCUCAUUCUCCCCUAUGACACCCAUGUCACUACUGAUCUCGUUGGAACACUAGGCUAUAUCCCACCUGAGUAUGGCCAAGCUUCUGUUGCCACUUAUAAGGGAGAUGUUUACAGUUUUGGAGUUGUUCUUUUGGAGCUUCUUACUGGAAAGAGGCCAAUGGAUAUGUGCAAACCAAGAGGAUGUCGAGAUUUGAUCUCUUGGGUCAUUCAGAUGAAGAAGGAGAAGAGGGAAAGUGAGGUUUUCGAUCCAUUCAUAUAUGACAAGCAGCAUGACAAGGAACUGUUGCGGGUUCUUGACAUUGCUUGCCUUUGCUUAAGCGAGUGCCCUAAAAUCAGACCUUCGACCGAACAGCUAGUUUCUUGGCUCAACAACAUUCUUAUGUAACUGUGGGGGAAAUUUGUUCCAUCAUAAGAGAAUUUUUCUCUCAUGCCCAUCACUAUAGAAAGAAGCUCCAUUGCAACUCACCAAAAAUGUUGGUUUUUGUGUAUCCCAUGGGCGGUUCUGAUGCGAAUAUCCACCCACAUGCCAGGGUUUCAGAGUUUACUCUUCUCCAGCUAGCAUGAAGGACUGAGAAGGAUUUAACCAAAGCUACAACACCAUUGUAAGUCUUUUACUUUCAAAAUUAAUUUCUUACUUGUUGAGGGAAAGGAUAGCUACGAAACAUGUACAAAAUAAAGUUUAUGAAUUUUUCCUAGUUUCAUACAUGGUACUCCAUGGCCGAUAAGCGAAUAAGGAGCUAGCUUUACUUC